GGUACAGCAAGGUGCCAUCUUUGCAUAGGAAAGUACCCGCUUGGUACAGCACGGUACCAGCUUGGUGCAGCAAGGCAUCACGUUGGGACAUCAAGGUAUCACUUUGCAACAGCAAUUUAGCAAGUGGUGCCGCAAGGUAUUCAUACGGAAAGGUACGAGCUUGGUACGGUAUUGAUACGGAAAGGUACGAGCUUGGUACGGUAUUGACACGGAAAGGUACGAGCUUGGUACGGCAAGGUAUGGGUCUAGUAGACAAAGGUGGCAGCUUUGUGCGGCACAGUGCCAGCCUUAGUGUGGGAAGGCAUCGGUUUGGAAAGCUAGCAUUUUGUUACAACGAAGUAGUUUCAGGGGUCUGUUGCUGCCCAUCUUUGUCGAGAAAGGUUGUCGAGAAAGGUAGUGAGGUGCCAGGCCCUGGACUUGGUACACCAAGGAGGAUUUAGGAUCUGGGACUGCAGUACGGCAAAAUACUUUCAGGGGGUCUGCUGCUGCCCCAGCUUGGUGCAGGCACUGAGCAAACAGGUACUACCGGUAGUAUUGGUGCAUCAAGCUGCCAAGCUUGGUGCAGUGAGGUACCAGGUCCCAGGGUUUGUACAGCAAGGAGGAAUCAGCGUCUGGCGCUACAGGACCAGGUCCCAGUAGAGAAAGGCACCGUCUUGGUACAGCAAGAAUCCCAGCAGGUGGUCUGGUGGCGCAUGGUACAGCAAGGUACCAGCUUGGUUUGUUUGAUAAGUUGCCAUUGAGCAACCUGGUACUAAGAUUGGUGGAACAAGCUGCCGAGGUCGGUGCAGCAAUGUACCAGGUGCAGGGGUCGGCACAGCAACGCACCAGGUACAGCGGUUGGUGCAGCAAUGAGCAGGUGUUGGUACAGCAUCGUAAACGGUACAGACGUUGGCGCAGCAACGUACCAGGCACGGGUUGGCACAGCAACAUGCCAAGUGCAGGGACCGGUACAGAGCAAUGUACGGGUGUUGGCGCAGCAACGCACCAGGUACAGUUUGGUACCAGGCACGGGGGUUGGUACAGCAUCACAGCAAGUAUGGGGAUUGGUGCAGCAAUGUGCAGGUGUUGGUACAGCAGGGCACCAGGUACAGGGGUUGGUACCAGGCACGGGGGUUGGUACAGCAUCACAGCAAGUGUGGGGAUUGGUGCAGCAAUGUGCAGGUGUUGGUACAGCAGCGCACCAGGUACAGGGGUUGGUGCAGUAAUCUACCAGGCAUGGGGGUUGGCAAAGCAGCACACCACGUAGGGGGGUUGGUACAUCAAUGUACGGGUGUGUUGAUAAAGCAACACGCUGGGUAGUGGGGUUGGUACAGCAGCGCACCAGGCAUGCAGAUUGGUACAGCAGCAACGUACCAGGUGCGGGGGUUGGUGCACCGACGUAUAUCAGAUGCAGGGGUCGGUACAGCAAUGUACCAGGUAGCAGGGCCGUUGUAGCAACGGGGAAUCGAAGGCUUGUGUCUUUUUUUGGAGAUAUUGUUAAAUUAGGGUUAGGUACAACACGAAGGCCAAAAAGUUUGGUAGAAGGCGGAGGUGCAACGCUUUGGUACAGUCAGGUGUUCCGAAAUGCCGAAAGAGGCGAGUACAUAUCUUUCGAGGAAGAAACUCUGCUUGUACAAAAUUUACGAACUUAGUUUUGCAUUGUAAAAUGCAAGUAUAUCUGCGUGGUCCAUCGGGAUCAAGUGUUGGAUGUGUGGAUGAGAAGGGGGGGGGGAAACGCCAUCACCCGAGCUCGAGGAAAAAACAAGAGGAUGGCAUGCAAUUUUGUGAAGCCAUGGUGGAAACGAAACGUCGACUUCAGAAAAAUGAACGAGUGCUUUGUUCUUGACCUGGAGUCAACUGCAAGCUGUGAUGAAUUGCACAGCGUGCGCUCUCGAGUGGAUUGGAGAAUGUCGCUCGAUGGAUUAGGAGCGAGCGACGCUCUCGCUCUCACUCUCGCUCUCGAAUGGAAGGAAUGGAGAAUGUGUCUCUCCUUCCCCCCUCCAUGUGCACUUCCUCUUCAACUAUGAAAGCGGGAGGAGAGAGCGGGCAUUGGAAAGGAAACGAUGUUUGAGAAGGGGCCUGGAAACGUUGUUCAAGGAGGCCCGGGCGAUGAUGGCAACGCCUUCGCAUUGAAUUUACUGCUAGAUAUGUAAUAACUAUGCUUUUUUGGGAUAAUGAAGUCCGACUAUGCUGGGGUGUCAUGUGCCACAGCUUUCAAGG